AUGGGAUUCGCUUGUAUCUCAAUCAAAGGAUAUGAUCAAAUCCUAUUCCGAGGGCAAAGAGAUGUGGCAGAGUUAUUGCGAUAUCGCACAGGCCUAUAUAAAAAGACAGUGGAUCAAACCGUUGUGUCUAUCAAACCUGCAUUUGUCUUUAAUCCUCUUGCUUUCAAUUGCAGUCCUGUGUUACCUUAUUUCUACGACCAAAUGGCUUUCUUUGGGAAGAUGAUUGCGGCGGAACAAGACACAAAGAGGUCCAAGCCACUCCAAUUACCUCCGAUUAAUAAUGAGGCGAUCCUGAAGAAGUUCGAGAAGACUUUGGUGGGUAGAGUGCUCAAUGAUGAGAUCCCGGAGAGUCGAGUGAAAGCCAUGAUUGCGUUCCUGCCUUCCGUAUGGAAGUGUGAAGGCCGAGCAGAAGGAGUUAAAAUGGGGAGAGGAAGCUUCCAUUUCAGGUUUGAGGAGGAGUCGACACUUCAAUCGAUCCUGGAUAACGGGCCAUAUCACUUCGACGGAUGGAUGAUUGCAAUAAACCGGUAG